CCUCACCCUCUCAUGCAUGGAUACGGGUUACGACCGAUGAAAUCGGAACUCAAAUCCAAAGGUCAGAUUUUAUCGUCGUCGCUGGUGGGCGAGUAUCCAAAAUUUCGGAUACCAAACUCACGGAUCAGACGGAAAGCGGCCAAGUCAGUUUUGCUAGAUGGAUCACUUCCUGCAAUUCCAAGUAUAUCUUUGCCCACUCUGAAUGCACUUUGUGAAUUUCACGACUGAUCUCAAUCCCGCUCCAACCAGGACUUUGUUCUUACUCCCCAGCUUCGUAUUCGCUUCCUCAUUCUGGAUAUACCUUUUGCAUCGUUAGUUACACAGCAUAUGUGGAUUGGAAGCCAUUAGCACGCAAUGCCCCCCAAGCUGCACCAACUUCUCCAUGGCUACUUCUCCAGUUUCCACAUUCUUAUCAACCCCACAACAAAUUGAGGAAAUGCGGUGGCAUGACAUCGAACGCCAUUGAUGCAGCUUCGGCGCAAUUCUGUGAAGCUCAAGUCCCAUGUUCUAUAAACCCACUUGAAGGACAACAGAGGAGCGAGCGUGUAAUCGUCAACGGCGAUUCCCUCGUUUGACAUGCCAAUGUACAUAACGCUUGAUUAUGUAUGCAAGUCUCUUAGACGCAUUUCGUCGAACACCAUUGCCGCAGCUUCGAUGUGUCCAUUCACAGCAUAACUUCGCAAAAAAACUAGCGUAGACAACAGUAUCAGAGCUAAAACCCAUGUCGGAUAAUGGAAGGGCGAAGCUCCAGACACUUGGGAACAGCGCCGGCUUUGAGAACGAAGGAGAAACUGAGGAUGUCAGGUCGAGAAAUGGAGGAAACGAAACGAAAGAGGAGAGAGCGAAGCCACGGAUGAUGGAGUUCCAAGCCUGCAUCGAUGGGUUCUUGACGCCAUUGAAGGACUGAAGGAUUGUUCUGGAGACCAUUGAUGAAGAGACACGUGCAUGGAUCAUACGUGAUCAUUUCAUGCCGUUGCAUCCUUUCGCAGCAAUUUCAGUACCAUUUCCGCGUCUCGCACACAUCUCCGAAUUCCGACAGAAUCCGAAUCAGCUUUCGACCAACACAUGGGGAAAGGAUUAGGACAAGUGUUGAUUAUCGAUUUUGUGGCUAAACCCAAAUUGAAAGUUGCAGACUUUUGAGUCGUGAGAACUUGAAACAAGUGGCAAUGGCGACUGAGUGAAGAUGAAGACGUUAUGCACAGAAAAGGAGCCAUUGAUGGUGAUGGGAAAGAAAGAAAGAAAAUCUUGCACAUAUGUCCAAAUGGUGCAAUAAACCAAAAAAGGACAAAAAAAUAUGGCAGUUUCCGGAGAAUCUAAACACAAUUUAACAAAAAAGAAAAAGAAUCUAAUCAUGGAAAUGGUUUAGGCCGCAGAUUAAGGUGCGAAUAAGGAGAGUUUUUGGUCAGCUCUAAGCUCAUGCAACCUGCCUGUGCCAUUCUGAAAUCUCAGGAAGAGGGAAAUGGGACACAAGUUGCUGUGGGCUCUGAGUCUCGUGGGACUGAUUUUCUUCGACGUUUCCGCAAAUGGGUCCGUGGAUUUCGAUGAAAUGGUGGGUUUUGUGGAAUUCAAUGGGACAGAACUGUUUCAGACAAACGGUGAUGUUUUCUCUGAAGCUAAGUUCCCAAUGGUGGGGCUCACUCUCGUUAGAGGCGCUGCUGCUAAAGGAGCCUUAUGUCUAGAUGGAACUCUGCCCGGAUACCAUUUGCACCGCGGAUACGGUUCGGGAGCAAACAACUGGCUUGUUCAGUUGGAGGGAGGUGGAUGGUGUGAUACCAUUAGAAACUGCGUGUACCGUAAAAAAACCCGCCGUGGAUCCUCCUCUUACAUGGAAAAGGAGAUACCUUUCACGGGAAUUCUAAGCGAUAGAGCUUCCGAUAACCCAGAUUUCUUCAACUGGAAUAGAGUGAAGGUCCGGUAUUGUGAUGGAGGGUCGUUCAGUGGGGACAGCGAAAACAAGGCCGCACAACUUCAAUUUAGAGGAAAGCGUAUAUGGUUUGCUGCUAUGGAAGAAUUGAUGGCACAGGGAAUGAGUCAGGCCAAGCAGGCUCUUCUCUCUGGAUGCUCGGCCGGAGGACUUGCAGCCAUUUUACGCUGCGAUGAUUUCAGAAGUUUGUUUCCUCUUACUACCAAAGUGAAAUGCCUCAGCGACGCUGGCUUGUUCCUCGACAGCAUCGAUGUCUCGGGUGGUCGUUCUCUUAGGCGUAUGUACGAAGGCGUGGUAAAAUUGCAGGGUUUGGAAGCCACCCUCCCUCGGGCCUGUACCCUUCGUCUCGAUCCAACUUCGUGCUUUUUCCCUCAAAACAUAAUCAACCAGAUCAAAACCCCGCUGUUUAUUCUCAACACAGCGUAUGAUUCGUGGCAGAUCCAAGAGAGCUUAGCUCCACCCACUGCCGAUCCAAGAGGUUACUGGCAUGACUGUAGAUUGAACUACGCCAAGUGCAACUCGUCUCAGAUCCAGUUCCUGCAAGGUUUCAGGAUCCGGAUUCUGAAUGCGGUAAAGGGCGUCGCGGCGUCGAGGCAGAACGGCGUGUUCAUAAAUUCUUGCUUCGCUCAUUGCCAGACCGAGAGACAUGAUACAUGGUUCGACAAGAAUUCUCCUGCCGUUAGAAAUAAGGGGAUUGCAGUAGCAGUUGGAGAUUGGUACUUUGGAAGGGGAGGAGGAAAGCUGAUAGAUUGUGCUUACCCUUGUGACAAGACCUGCCACAAUUUGGUCUUCAAAUCUUCCUAAUUUUUUUUUUUUUUUUUUUUUGCAUGAAAUGUUGAUUUACUAAAUUAUUACUAUUACAUAAUGCAAAGCAUGACAGCCAUUUUUAUUUGAA